UUAAUUUUAUGACGCAUGUAUCAUUUCCGGAGAGAAAAUAAUAAUCGUCGAAGAAAGAAGUCGUAUUUUGUUUACAAGGGGAAAAUAUGUCUGAAAAGAAGGAAGAUGAGCCUGGACCAUCAACAAGCAAGAGUAAAUUCAGCCGUCUUCAGAGACUCAGAGACAUAGAAUUAAAGAUGAAUGAAGCCAGAAAGUUGAAUCAUCAAGAAGUUGUGGAGGAGGACAAGAGGAGUAAACUGCCAGCGAACUUUGAACAGAAACGAAAAAGGGUGGAUUGGGAAGAGGAGCAAGAGAAAAAAAGAAAGAAAGCGGAGGAGGCUGGCGAGGAUUUUGACCGGGUGAAGCUACUGGAAGUUGGAGCUGAUGAUGCUGAAAAAUGGGAACGAAAGAAGAAAAAGAAAAACCCUGAUCAAGGAUUCUCAGAUUAUGAAGCUGCCACAUUCCGCCAGUAUCAGAGGUUAACUAAGGAAAUGAAGCCGGAUAUGAAUAACUACAACCAGCAAAAAGAGAAAACAGGUGAAGAUUUUUAUGCCACACGCGAUACUCUGGGCAUGAACCAGUGGAAGGAUAAACCCGAGUUUGUUGAUAGGAUGGUGGAAGACCUGGAGAAACAAGUCAAGAAGAGAGAGAAAUACAGUCGUCGUAGAACUUUCGAUGAAGAUGCUGAUAUUGACUACAUCAACGAACGUAAUAUGAAAUUCAACAAGAAACUGGAACGCUUUUAUGGAACUUACACGGCAGAAAUCAAACAGAACUUGGAGAGAGGAACAGCGGUGUAGAUAUCGCUAUAAACAUCCAGAUGUGUGCUGCAUCUGUGUCCAAAUUGAUUUGAAUGAGUCUCCUUUUUGCGGAUUUCAGGCUGAAUAUCCAUUGCUAUUUGAUGGACAAGGAGGAAGUUAAAUCAUACAUUGUUUAAGCCAUUAUUGAUCAGAGAUAAAAGUCGGAAGUGAUUUUGAAGUUAAUGUAAAUGUGAUAGGCAUGUUCAUUGCAGGUGGAGUUUGUUUUGGAAUUUCCAGUAUGUCAUUAUAUACUGUUUAGGAACAUGUAUUAUCAUUGGAUGUUCGAUUAUGUCUAUGGAACUCAAAAAUGCGUACAUACAUGACUAAAUAGAAAUGUACAUACACUGUAUAAAUAUACAUGUACCUGUUUGUAAAUAAUAUUUUGGAAUUUGAGGUUCUGUAUUAUAGAGAAAUGAAUCCAUACAUGCGUUUUCAAUCUUCACUGGUUUCUCACUUGUUUUUAUUUCUUAAAUGAAAUAAUUAAUGUUUUAUUUAUAUAAUGUUGUAUCUAUCCAUUGAUUUUUUUAAAAUUAUAACAAUAUGUUGCACCCUUAAUUCUUUGGGGGAAGCAUGUGGCUGUUAUGGAUAGAUUUGCUAAGUAUUUUUGUUUCCAUAUUAUGGUAAGUCUAAAGACUAUUUCGUCAGUCUUAUGGUGUGAUGAUUUACAAAUCAUUUUCAAAAAGACGCAGCAUUGUAUUUUAUUUGGCAAAUUUAGAAUUGAGUUUUAAUACAUCUAGAAUGUGUAUUGAGUUGGUUUUUUUUUUUUUUUUUUUUUUUUUACAUCUAUCCUGGCGGAUGGGACUAUGGUGUGUUUUAAUUGUUUUGUUUUACACAAUUGCUACAGUACAUAUGUAUAUCCAUGAUGGAAAAUGCACAAAGGAGCUUUUGAUAUACUAACUUCGAUCAUAUGCCCUAAAAUAAAUACAUGUAUCAACAUAUUUCAUUUGCAUAGAGGUUUCUCUGUUUUUAGAUAAAAUUUGUGAUGUGCAAAUGAUUUUUCAGCUGAACAUAAAGAAUUUGUAUUUAGAUAAGAACAGGUUUAUAUUAAAUAAAAAAUUUUAAAAACAAA